AUUUCUAAUUUUCACCUUCACAGGCGUGAAAUAAGCGCUAAUAUGGUGUCUAAUUACGGUAUAAUAAGUAACUUUGGCUUUGCAAAAUGUGGAAAAUAACAAGGACAUCGUGUUUAAAUGGAUUAAAACUAAAUCAAAAGUAAAUGUUUGUUGGAAUACCAGUGAGGAACCUCAAGAUCUAAAACACAAAAUUAUUCAUGUCUGAUAUUUUGACAGUUCCCGGAUGAUUGGUUUCAAAUAAAAUGAUGAAGAACACUGAUAAAUAUAAGAAAUCAAAGUACCUUUAGUUCUACAAGGAUUUAUUUAAGCAGGUCAACAAAAUAUAUUCACCAUGGCUUUUCCUCAAGGAUUAAAUGAUGAAAGGCAACCAUAUAAUAGCAGUCCAAGCAAAGCAUAUAAUCGCAGUGCCAGUGACCAAGGUCCUAGUCAAGCAGGAGGUGAAGGAAAUAAAACACCCUCACAGUCACAGACUUUACAACAGGCAUUUUCCCAGGGUGGGCCUAUUACUCAGCCCCCUGGGCCCCCUCGUAGAGACGCCGCACCCCUCAGUAGUGCGUGGAGUACAGCACUAGCAGCUGCAGGAGCAGCAGGAACGAUGAGUGGAAAAGGACGCGUGAAUAAAAGACAAGUGCGCGGGCCGGUUAAUGCCAACCCAAGGCCUCCCCGCGCAUUGUUCUGUCUUUCACUGAAAAACCCUAUACGCAAACUGUGCAUCAGUGUCGUCGAAUGGAAGCCUUUUGAAAUCAUCAUUCUGCUGACGAUUUUUGCGAACUGUGUCGCGCUGAUGGUGUUUACGCCAUAUCCAAAGGGAGACUCCAAUGACAUUAAUGAGGCUUUGGAGAGUGUAGAAUAUGUGUUCCUUGUAGUCUUUACAUUAGAGUCAAUCAUGAAGAUUAUAGCCUAUGGUUUCAUCUUCCAUUCCGGUGCUUACUUAAGAAGUGGGUGGAACAUUCUAGAUUUUGUAAUCGUAGUAGUAGGAUUAAUAAGUACUGUGUUGUCAAAAGUGAAUCUAGACAAGUUUGAUGUGAAAGCGCUAAGAGCUUUCAGGGUGCUCAGACCUCUUAGGCUCGUGUCUGGAGUUCCAAGUUUACAAGUUGUGCUGAACUCUAUAUUACGAGCUAUGGUGCCUUUGCUUCACAUUGGCCUUCUGGUCAUCUUCGUUAUCAUCAUAUAUGCCAUCAUAGGCCUGGAGCUGUUCUCAGGGGAAAUGCAUAAAACAUGCUUCUAUAAUGAUACAGGUAAACGCGUAAUGGAAUCACCAAAACCUUGCGGCAAAGGGUUCAAAUGUGGCGAAGAAAAUGAAAUAUGCAGACCAUUUUGGGAAGGUCCAAAUGAUGGCAUUACAAAUUUUGACAACUUUGGGCUUGCCAUGUUAACGGUGUUCCAGUGUGUAACUAUGGAAGGCUGGACAGAUGUGUUAUAUGAUAUCAAUGAUGCCGUAGGUUCAGAAUGGCCAUGGAUCUAUUUUAUCACACUUAUCCUGCUUGGGUCGUUUUUCGUCCUUAACUUAGUUCUUGGUGUCCUGUCGGGAGAAUUUUCCAAAGAGAGAGAGAAAGCAAAGGCUCGAGGUGAUUUUCAAAAAUUACGAGAAAAGCAGCAAAUGGAAGAAGAUCUGAGAGGCUACCUUGAUUGGAUAGUUCAAGCAGAAGACAUUGAGCCUGACAAUGAAGAGGAAGAGGAAGCCGAUGAAAAACCAACACCAAAACAUAAGCCCACGAGUGAAACUGAUUCUAGUGAAAAAACAGAUGAACUGGGUAGCGGGGAAAUACAGCAGCAAACUUGGUGGCAUAAAAAGAGCCGUCGGUUUUUCACAUGGAACCGCAGAUGUCGCCGAGCAAGCCGUCGCCUUGUAAAAUCUCAAGCAUUUUAUUGGUUGGUUAUUGUCUUGGUGUUUCUCAACACGGGAGUUCUCACAUCAGAGCAUUAUGGCCAGGAACCCUGGCUUGAAACAUUUCAAGAUGUUGCCAACCUUCUGUUUGUGAUCCUGUUCACACUAGAGAUGUUGCUCAAGAUGUACAGUCUGGGCUUUCAGGGAUAUUUUGUCUCUCUCUUCAAUCGUUUUGACUUUUUUGUCGUCAUAUGCAGUAUAUUAGAGGUCGUGCUCAAGUACACCAAGGUUAUGCCUCCCUUAGGCGUCUCCGUGCUCAGAUGUGCUCGUCUACUUAGGAUAUUUAAGGUCACUAGAUACUGGUCAUCGUUACGUAACCUGGUAGCUUCAUUGCUUAACAGUAUGCGCUCAAUUGCAAGUUUAUUGCUUCUUCUCUUCUUGUUUAUCGUCAUCUUUGCCUUACUUGGGAUGCAACUCUUUGGGGGAAGGUUCAACUUUGAGGAAACAGCUGAAAAACCAAGGAGUAACUUUGACACGUUUAUUCAGUCGUUGAUUACAGUCUUUCAGAUCUUAACUGGUGAAGAUUGGAAUGUUGUCAUGUACGAUGGAAUAAAAGCCUACGGUGGUGUCAAUACUAUAGGAGUCAUCAUAUGUUUAUACUUUGUCUUUCUCUUUAUAUGUGGUAACUAUAUCCUGCUGAAUGUCUUCUUGGCUAUUGCGGUGGACAACCUGGCAGAUGCUGAGAGUCUUACUGAGGCAGAGAAAGAGAAGGAGGAGGAGAAAGAGAGGACCAAGUCACUAAGGAGAAGCAAGAGCAGAUCUCCCUCUGAUGAGAAAAAGGAGCCACUAGAUGGCGAGAGUGUUGAGGUUGUAGAGGAUGAUGAUGACGAUGACAAUCCAAAGAGGUACGAUCGGGAAAGAUCCCCGGAUAGUGUAGUCAGUGAGCAUCGUGUUAAGAUUCAUGAUGUUGAUACAACUGAUACAGAAGUUGAUGAAUACAGGAGGCGAGAUAGAGAUGACCGCGAUGAAGAUGACGAGGAUGAAGAAGAUGAAGAAGAGAGAGAAGAAGGAGAUGAGGAGACCCAUACAACACUGUCUGCGAGACCUCGUCGCAUGUCAGAUCUCAACAUAAAGGAAAAGAAACAACCCAUUCCUAGAGCUACAUCUCUCUUUGUAUUCUCACAUACCAACAAAUUCCGUGUGUUUAUGCACAAGGUGUGUAAUCAUUCAUACUUUGGCAACAUUGUGCUUGCCUGCAUUCUCAUAUCAAGUGCCAUGUUAGCAGCAGAGGACCCCUUAGAUGCAAACUCAGCUAGGAAUAAGAUAUUGAACAAUUUUGAUAUCUUCUUCACAACUGUGUUCACUAUUGAAAUUAUCAUCAAGAUCAUCGCAUAUGGGCUGAUCCUGCAUAAAGGCUCGUUCUGUCGGAGUGCCUUCAACUUGCUUGAUAUCUUAGUUGUAACCGUCUCCUUGAUAUCCUUCGGUCUCAAGCAACCAAGCCAUAUCUGUAGUUAA